CUUAUCUCGGACGAGUGCAACACUACGGAGUAAGCACGGAGUAAGCAUAUGGCUUGCGUGAUUAUAAGAGAAAGCCAUAUCUGGGCAAUGGCCCUAGUUCUUUUCAAACGCUAGACGGAAGGGAUUUAAACCACACGGUGUAUAGACUCAUUCCUCAAGUUCUUUACUGUGGAAAGACAAACAAAACGCAUAUCUAUCCUGCGAUAUGGGGCGAACACUGACAUAUCCCAAGCGGUCUUCCAACACUGUUAACCGCUACAAACAUCGAGCCACUUAUGACUUGAAAGCAAUCCAUACCAUCAUCAAUUCGAGUCAGGUACUCCAUGUGUCUUUCUCACCUGGGCCCUCUGACCCUUUCCCCGCAAUUCUGCCCAUGAUCGGGCAGAUGGGGUCGUUCGACUAUCCAUCGGCGGGCAUUGACGAACCCUUAGACUGCUAUCUUCACGGAUACGUCAGUUCACGGAUCAUGAAUUUGGCCCGGGACUCUGAGGGUGAUGGAUUGCCCAUUUGUGUCGCCGCCAGCAGGGUGGAUGGGUUAAUCCUUUCCUUAACUCCAAAUUCACACAGUUAUAACUACCGGUCCGCCGUAUUGCACGGAUAUGCCAAAAUGGUGACUGACGAAGCCGAAAAGCUCUACGCAAUGGAAUUGAUUACCAAUUCAGUACUCUCCGAUCGCUGGGAGCAUUCCCGAGUACCACCAGACCGUACAGAAAUGUCAUCCACCGUCAUCCUCAAGGUCAAAGUCGUCGAUGGUAGUGGCAAGAUCCGAGACGGUGGUGUCUCGGAUGAAAAGAAGGAUACAACGAACGAUGAGGUCACCGGCCGUGUCUGGACUGGUGUUGUGCCUGUUUGGGAGACAUUUGGAGAGCCCAUUCCAAGUCCUGAGAACAAAGUAACAGAAGUGCCUGACUAUAUCACUCGGUUUGUCGCGGAUAAGAAUGAUCGAAAUCGGCGAUAUGCAAAGGAGGCAGUUCAUAUUGCACUCCCCUUUGAGGAACAGCAUUAGUCCUGUUGGUUCUCAUGGCUUUCCUUCCUUGCUUUUAUUAUAUUUACGACUAUAUGGACGACUUAUGGUAGCUAGAAUUUCCAAAUUUACUAUAUUACAAGCACUUCCUGUCUAAGUGGCAUUCGGAAGCUUAUGCCGAGUCAGGCAGGGCGAGCUGUGUAAGGUGGUUCAUAAUGAGAAUAAGAAGUCUGAAAAAGAUAUUAUUAUCUCAUUUUAUUAUAGCCCCUAAUAUAAUUACAGUGGAAGAC